GGCACAUGCGCAGCUCGAAAUCCCCAGCAGUACCAACGGUGAGUCCGACAGCAGCAGCCAGCGGAGCGUCCAUCUCCAGUUUCCUUUAAUCAGACACCAACAGCUUCGACAUACCGCCCCCAAUUUCAGCCUCGGUACGGAGCCGCCAGGCCGGGACAGAGACGGAGAGAGAGGCCUCGGCCAUGGAAGCGCUCGGACCAGGCCCGCCUGCCCCCACCUCUCUCUUCCAGCCUCCGCGUCGUCCCGGCCUCGGCACGGUGGGGAAACCCAUCCGGCUCCUCGCCAACCACUUCCAGGUUCAGAUACCCAAGAUUGACGUCUACCAUUAUGACAUCGAGAUCAAGCCGGAGAAACGCCCCCGGCGGGUCAACAGGGAGGUGGUGGACACCAUGGUGCGACACUUUAAGAUGCAGAUCUUUGGGGACCGGCAGCCGGGCUACGACGGGAAGAGGAACAUGUACACGGCUCAUCCGCUACCGAUUGGCAGAGACAGGGUGGACCUGGAGGUGACCCUGCCGGGCGAGGGGAAGGACCAGACCUUCAAGGUGUCCCUACAGUGGGUGUCGGUGGUGAGCCUGCAGAUGCUGCUGGAGGCGCUGUCGGGUCACCUGAACGAGGUUCCCGAGGACUCGGUCCAGGCGCUGGACGUCAUCACACGGCACCUGCCCUCCAUGAGGUACACCCCGGUGGGGCGCUCCUUCUUCUCUCCUCCAGAGGGAUACUACCACCCUCUGGGUGGAGGCCGGGAGGUUUGGUUCGGCUUCCAUCAGUCCGUCCGGCCGGCCAUGUGGAACAUGAUGCUCAACAUCGACGUGUCGGCUACGGCUUUCUACCGCGCUCAGCCCGUCAUCGAGUUCAUGUGUGAAGUGCUGGACAUCCAGAACAUCAACGAACAGACCAAACCGCUGACGGACUCACAGAGGGUCAAGUUCACCAAGGAGAUCAGAGGUCUGAAGGUGGAAGUGACGCACUGCGGCCAGAUGAAGAGGAAGUACCGCGUGUGUAACGUGACGCGCCGACCCGCCAGCCACCAAACGUUCCCGCUGCAGCUGGAGAACGGCCAGGCCAUGGAGUGCACGGUGGCCCAGUACUUCAAGCAGAAGUACAGCCUGCAGCUCAAGUAUCCUCAUUUACCCUGCCUGCAAGUCGGGCAGGAGCAGAAGCACACCUACCUUCCUCUGGAGGUCUGCAACAUCGUGGCCGGUCAGCGCUGCAUCAAGAAGCUCACCGACAACCAGACGUCCACCAUGAUCAAAGCUACGGCGCGCUCCGCCCCCGACCGGCAGGAGGAGAUCAGCCGCCUGGUCAAAAGCAACAGCAUGGUCGGGGGCCCGGACCCCUACCUGAAAGAGUUCGGCAUCGUUGUGCACAAUGACAUGACAGAGGUGACGGGGCGUGUCCUCCCAGCGCCCAUGCUGCAGUAUGGGGGCCGGGUGAGUACAGACACAGGGAGGGACUGUGGCAGGGGACUCUCUCCGCAGAAUAAGACCGUGGCCACUCCCAACCAGGGGGUGUGGGAUAUGAGAGGGAAGCAGUUCUACGCCGGCAUAGAGAUCAAGGUGUGGGCCGUGGCCUGCUUUGCCCCCCAGAAACAAUGUCGGGAGGACCUGCUCAAGAGCUUCACCGACCAGCUGAGGAAGAUCUCCAAAGAUGCCGGGAUGCCGAUCCAGGGCCAGCCGUGCUUCUGUAAAUACGCCCAGGGAGCCGACAGCGUAGAGCCCAUGUUCAAACACCUCAAGAUGUCCUACGUAGGUCUUCAGCUGAUCGUUGUCAUCCUGCCUGGAAAAACGCCCGUCUACGCUGAGGUGAAGCGGGUGGGAGACACCCUGCUGGGCAUGGCCACGCAGUGCGUCCAGGUGAAGAACGUGGUGAAGACGUCGCCCCAGACUCUGUCCAACCUCUGUCUGAAGAUCAACGCCAAACUGGGAGGCAUCAACAACGUCCUGGUUCCUCAUCAGAGGCCCUCCGUGUUCCAGCAGCCCGUCAUCUUCCUCGGCGCCGACGUCACUCAUCCUCCAGCGGGCGAUGGGAAGAAGCCGUCCAUCGCAGCGGUGGUGGGAAGCAUGGAUGGUCACCCCAGCCGAUACUGUGCAACAGUUCGAGUCCAGACGUCCCGACAGGACAUGUCCCAGGAGCAACUCUUCAGUCAGGAAGUGAUCCAAGAUCUGACCAACAUGGUGCGGGAGCUGCUCAUCCAGUUCUACAAGUCGACCCGCUUCAAGCCCACACGGAUCAUUUACUACCGCGGUGGCGUCUCCGAGGGACAGAUGAAGCAGGUGGCGUGGCCGGAGCUGAUCGCCAUCAGGAAGGCGUGCAUCAGUCUGGAGGAAGACUACAGGCCCGGAAUCACCUACAUCGUGGUCCAGAAGCGCCACCACACUCGCCUGUUCUGCUCCGACAAAGCCGAGCGGGUUGGGAAGAGUGGGAAUGUUCCGGCUGGGACCACGGUGGACAGCACCAUCACACACCCGUCGGAGUUCGACUUCUACCUGUGCAGCCACGCUGGAAUUCAGGGAACCAGCCGUCCGUCCCACUACCACGUCCUGUGGGACGACAACUGCUUCACAGCCGACGAACUGCAGCUCCUCACCUAUCAGCUGUGCCACACCUACGUCCGCUGCACACGCUCUGUCUCCAUCCCGGCCCCGGCCUACUACGCCCGGCUGGUGGCCUUCCGCGCUCGUUACCACCUGGUGGACAAAGACCACGACAGCGCUGAGGGCAGCCACGUGUCGGGUCAGAGUAACGGCCGGGACCCGCAGGCGCUGGCCAAGGCCGUCCAGAUCCACUAUGACACCCAGCACACCAUGUACUUCGCCUGAGCUGAGCGUCUUCCUGUGGAUCUUCUCCUCUUCCUCGUCUCUCUGUCCUCGUCUCUCUUCUUCAUCACUCUGUUUUUAUUUUCUGACUCUGCACCAAAGCGGCUCGGCUGCCGGUCAAACGCAGCUUCGCAGGGCGCUUUCUGACCGGCCUUUUCCUGCCCGGGCCGCCGUUUCUCAACCAGCAACCUAGCACUGUGGGCCCCCAGGGGCCCCGAUGCACAACCGAAAAAACAAAAACAAACCCCACACACACAAACGACCAGUCGAGCCAUUGUUUUGAGUUUGUUUUUGUUUUUUCUUCUAUGAAUGUCUGCACUCGUGGCGUGUUUGUAAGAAACUCGGAGCCGCGGAGCGCCGCCUGGGCGCGUCCUCGGCUCUCCCAGCUAAGCAGGACUCUGAUCUACUUUACCUCAAAGCCCCUCGGGGCCAAAUCUGUCACAAGGUCUGGGGUUCGUCGGGUGGUGGGAGGGAGGCGCAGGGGCUUGACCUUUUAAGAAUGAAAUAUUAUAUAUAUUAUAUUUUUCCUUUUUAUGAGUGUGUGUUGAAACUUUCUCCUUUUCGGUCUUUUACAAGCGAGGUGACCUGUGUGUCCAUGCUUCCCCUCAUCUGUGUGUGUGUGUGUGUGUGUGUGUCGGUGGUGUAUGAGUGUGUGUUUGAUGGCAGGCCACUGAACUGUAAAGGGAAACUAGGAGAGAACUGCUGUAAAUGCCUCAGAUGACUCGUUUUUAUAUUCACACAUACAGGACAUAUAAGCAUAUAUUUACACCUGCAGAGCAGCGCCUCCUGGAGGCAGCGGAGGGAAUCUGUGGGGGUGUAGCAGGGGGGUGGGAGCUGAAGGUGGCGCUGCCGGCCGGGUUUGUUAGCGGCCUCCUCAUUGCACUGACCCGAGGCCGCUCUAUCAGUCUCUUUAUGCAUUUCUACAUCCAACGAAGCAGAUUUGUAAAGUUUAAUAUAAAGCGUUUGGUGGUUGUUGUUUAGAGCUCGUAGUUUACCCUCGAUGUCGUCGUCGUUGUUGUUUAUUGUUGUCGAUGUUACUGUUGUGAUGAACUUUUACGGCGGACGGCCGGCGGCGGGUUUAAUCUUUAUUUGUAGCAUUCUGGUUCAGGCCGAGGAGGAGGAGGUGGAUUCAUGCUUCCUCUCAUGUGAUUGGUUCAGUGUAGCAGCUUCCGAUCGGAUCGAUGGAGACAAUCAGGAGGGAUCUGAAACGACUUCACCGGAGCAAACGCACCGCCAAGUCUGGGCGGUGUUGGCUUCGUGUUUUUAUUUUUUAACACUGGACUAAACUAGCACUGCGUUGACAGUGGAGCCCCCUGGUGGUGUGAGGCAGGAGUGGCCGGCGUGCACGCCUCAUUCAGGUGGCGGCGCUCAGCGGAAACCCUUUUGUAAUAAACCGCCCGUAAAGCUGCAGGUUUACUAUGAAUGAGUUUGAGCACCUUCCUGUUGGCGGCGUGCACACUGGCGUGGCGCGGUGAGGGGGCGGGGCUUAUGAUCACUCCCAGAGCAAUAUGAACCUCGAUCAAACGAAGCGAUAAUGAAUCUCCUCUUCUGUAACUGAUUAUUAUUUUCUGAAGCUUGGUUUGUUUUCUUUGCUCGUGUCAAUCAGUGGGGACGUGCAUUCAGUGGCGUCAGCAGGCCAUUGCCGGCUUCCGCGCGUUUAGUAUCGGCGUAUGCGUUUUCUGCCGGCAACGUUGACGCCUAUUCGACGACGUCAACCUGCGUUGACGUCGUCGUAGUUUAGACCGUUUCCUUUAACUCGUUGUAGAUUUGCUCGCCUGCAUGCUGGAGUUUCGUCCUUUAAAAAACUAUUAAAACCUUUUUCAAUCAUAUUUAUUAUAAGAAAAGAUCUAAAGUUUGGGGUAAAUGUUUUUAGCCUAGCAAUAUUGUCCCGUCUCGCUGUUUCUGAGGCUCCUCUGAGGAUCACGGGGCGGCGGACGGCGCCGGCUCUUUGCGUCGUGUUCAGAUCCAAACGAGGUACUUUGAUCAAACGUGGACCCGUUAAAGAGCCGGCCCGCUCCUCCGGGCCGGGUCAGCCGGGGAACAGGGACCUCCUGUUGCCAUGGUGACUCUGAGUCCCUCCUCUUUGCGGUCCAGAGGCGCCGGCACAGCACCAGGUCCGGUUUUUAACCUUUUUAAAGAGGCUCCCUGGUUCCGUGGCCCGUUUUAACAGGAGAGCAUGAAUUAUUUUCAAUUCCUCUCACUUUGAUAUCUGUUUAUAUCUCGAUGGAUUUGUAAUUUUCUGUAUUGUGCAUUUCAUUUUGUUUUUACCUCUUUGGUUCCUGUUGGGGGGGUUGUUAAACUUCUGAGUGAAGGGUUCUGUUGGACUGUUCUGUUUGGACCGUAGAGCAGAAGGCCAUUCACUUGUUAUAAUUAUUAUUAUUAAUAUUAUGUGACAUGUUAAUUUUUUUUAGCCUGCAGGGAAAUCUUGUGUUCAUGUGCAAAGUAAUAAAUUGGUAUUUUAAGCCCAUAAA